GUCGUAAAAUUACUUGAAAAGCCUUAACGGUCCCGGCGUUCCCCUACCUGGCGGAACACUAUCAGCACGAAGUGAAAAUCAGUAAUGUUCUUUCAAUUUUGUUUAUCCAGUUCACUGUAGGUAUAAUUUCUCUGCCGGAAAACUCACUGUCAAUUUCUUUCUACAACAAUAAUCAUUCUCCUGAUUCUUUUUCAAUACCCAGUUGCUGCUUAAUUCCUUUUUUGGAUUCUUUCUUUCGUGUGACUUGAUAAAAAUUGUCUUUGAUUGUACUAUGUACUUGAAAGAAGGAUGUUCUUUGCUGUUGAAAGUCCACAAAAAGUCUCUUCCUUUAAUCCUCAAUGCAAACCCAAGUUUCAAUGUUAAUCAACUUAAUGGUGUUAAAACACCCGUUAAGCUCAAGGAAUCUGAUGUAUUAAAGAGACUGAAAUAUGAAGAAAAUAUUUCAAAUGCUUUAGAGUAUUUCAAAUGGGUUGUCAAUUCAACAUCUUUCAAGCACACCCCUUUAACUUAUAAAAUAAUGAUGGAAAAACUCGGGCAACAGCAGGAGAUGGACAGUGUUCAAUACCUCUUGCAACAGAUGAAAUUGGAGGGUAUUAGUUGUUCCGAAGAUAUAUUUAUCAGUGUGAUUGAUUCGUAUAGGAGAGGUAACGCGGCAGAGCAAGCACUGAAGACAUUCUACAGGAUACAGGAUUUUGGGUGUAAGCCUACAGUUAGGAUAUAUAAUCAUCUAUUGGAUGCUUUGCUCAGUGAGAAUAGGUUUCACAUGAUUAAUCCUAUUUAUAGUAACAUGAAGAAAGAUGGGUUUAUUCCCAAUGUGUAUACUUAUAACAUUCUUUUGAAAGCAUUGUGUAAGAACAAUAGGGUUGAUGGAGCUCAGAAGUUACUUGUGGAAAUGUCGAACAAGGGGUGUUCUCCUGAUGAAGUGAGCUAUACAACAAUUGUAUCUUCCUUGUGUAAGUUUGGUAAAGUAAAAGAAGCCAGAGAAGUAGCCAUGAGAUUCACUCCUACUGUUCCUGUUUAUAAUGCUCUGAUAAAUGGGCUUUGUAAGGUAUAUAAUACUAAGGAGGCAGUUGAUUUGUUGAAUGAGAUGUCUUACAAGGGAAUGGAUCCUAAUGUCAUCACGUACACUACGAUUUUAAAUGCAUUUGCUGACCACGGAAAUAUUGGUCUUUCUUUUGCUAUGCUCAGCAAGAUGUUUGUUAGCGGCUGUUCUCCAAAUAUUCAUUCGUUUACUUGUUUGAUUAAGGGAAAUUCAUUGAUGGGACAAUGGUGUGAAGCUCUUCAUGUGUGGGAUGGUAUGAUCAAAGAGGAAAUUUUGCCCAAUGUUGUAGCAUAUAAUGCACUUCUCCAUGGUCUGUGUUUGGCUGAUAAUAUGAAUAUGGCUCUGUCUGUUUUUAGUGCAAUGGAAACAAGUGGCUGCCAUCCAAAUUCAACAACCUACAGCAUCCUUAUUGAUGGAUUUGCUAAAUCCGGAGAUGUGAUUAAAGCAUCUGAGAUAUGGAAUAGGAUGAUAAAUCUUGGUUGCCGUCCAAAUGUUGUGGUAUAUACAUGUAUGGUUGAUGUACUCUGCAGGAAUUUCAUGUUUGAACAAGCUUACAGUCUUCUAGAUGGUAUGGUAACAGAAAAUUGCCCACCAAAUACCAUUACUUUUAACACAUUUAUCAAAGGUUUGUGUUGUAGUGGUAGAAUUGAAUGGGCAGUGAUGCUAUAUAAUCAAAUGGAAAGAUUUGAUUGCUCAGGUAAUACUACCACAUAUAAUGAGUUGUUGGAUGGCUUAUUCAAAUGUAACAACCUUACGGUAGCACUUCAGCUUGUUAAGGAGAUGGAGGAAAAAAAUAUUGAAUUUAAUUUAGUCACAUACAACACUAUAGCAUCUGGUCUCUGCCAUGGGGGCAUGCUUGAGGAAGCUGUAAAACUUGUGGCAAAAAUGCUGGUUAGGGGAAUUAGACCUGAUGUUCACACCUUCAACAUACUUAUGAACGCGUACUGUAAAGGUGGUAAGGUUGAAUCUGCGAAACAACUUCUGAAUGCUAUGAGUCAAGUCGACUUGCGUCCAGGUUUCAUAUCCUAUACUUGUCUGAUAGGUGGACUGUGCAAUUGGGUUGGUUUGGAAGCAGCAAUCUGUUGCCUUCAGAAGAUGAUAAAUGAUGGUAUUCCACCCAAGAUAUCGACGUGGAAUGUUCUAGUCCGUCAUUUGUUUAGCGAGAUUGACUAUGGAAGUGCACUCGAAUAUCUAGAGAGCAUAUUGGAAGCAGACUGAAGGUGUGAACUUGCUUCAGCAGAUUGGAAUGAAGAAUACACGUAAAAACUUUACUGUGGAUAUAAAAGCAGUAGUUGCAGUGAAACCAAUUUUACGAUGGAGGGUCCUUCUCCAGACCUUCAUUGACGAAGUGGCAUUAACAACUAGUUUAGGGAUAUAUGGCUAAUUUUGCAGGUGAAUCCUAAUUCCAUUUGCUGUUGUUUUGAGGAAUUUGUACACCCACCAAAAGAUCUUGCAGUUUGUAUAGUUUGGAAGAAGUUUCAUGAGAAACCCCUACCAAGGGUAUCUCUUUGGGGUGUCCCAAGGAGUGACACAGGGCAGAGCCGGGAACCAGACACAUGAAAUGGCAGCCAUUUUUUUUGUAAAACUCCACUGGUCUGUUUGGCAUGAAUCUUUGCAAGAGGCAUUACGCAAAGAGUGAGAAGGGGUGAUUUGCUGUAAACGAAGCUGGGUCUUGCUAGGAGAACAAAACAAGUCAGCGAUCGAAAAUCUCAGAUACAACUUCAUCAUUGGCAUUGGCUUAUUCAAAAAAAUUUAAUACUUUUGACCCCUUUUCCUGUUCUAUCACGGGAUAUGUACCGUGAAAUUCUGUUCUUGAUUGAGAAAAGAGAAUGAGAGUCUGUUGGAUGGGCUAAUUUUAAGCAACUUAUAAGUUAAAAAAAAAAAAAAUAGGUGCAGCCCAAUUUAUUUUUUUGGAGUUGCUUAAAUAAGUCCAUCCAAACAAACUCAAUUAUUUAUUGGGGCUUAUUUUAAGUUCAAAAUGACUUUAAGUUUGUCAGUCAAACACUCAAAGAAGCUGAAAACAGCUUAUAAGUCGAUCCAAACAGGCUCUGAGUGUACUAAGGUUUUUCUUUUUAAUCUUUAGGUCUGUUACAAUUUUUCUACCUGGUUUGUGUUUCAUCUUUGUGCAUUGAUUUUUGUUUUCUGGCAUUGUUCUAUUACUUACCAGAUAUGGCAGCUAUUUUCAACUUUGGUAGUAUCAAAUGAUCUAUACCUAGGAAUGCACAGGAUCUUUUGCAUUGUUGGUACAUACACGGGGUGUGCAAAGCAAGAAAUAAUUGGGCUACAAAAUUCCAGCUUGUAUCUGUGGGUAAUUAAAUGUUUUGAAGAGAAGCGAAAAUCAGUCCAGAGGAUUAAUUUAGAUUGUAUCUCGUUGUUUCAUUUUUUGGUGUAAAAAGGAAUAUGUAAAUGAGGCAGAAACUUUAUUAGAUUUCAUUGAUUCCCCUCUGAGAAUUGAAGUGGGCUAUGUUUUUGGCCUUUUUGAUCACUUGUACAGAAACUCCAAUACUACCUUUAUUACCAGUUUAGACAACAAAAAAGGUGUAAUUCUCCCUGCAGAGGAGAUAAACUCCCGUUUCCAGGCGACAUUGAUCUAUUCACAAUGGAAUGCCCGUGGCAUGGCCACUUACUAAACUAGCAUCUGCAAUCCCUUUUUGAGGCAAAACACGUUCA